CGGGCAAAAUGAACUUUUCCAAACUACCCAAGAUCCGUGAUGAGGAAAGAGAGGCUUUUGUUGGUUAUGUCCAUGGAGUCUCAGGACCUGUGGUCACGGCGUGCAACAUGGCAGGCGCUGCUAUGUAUGAACUGGUACGAGUAGGCCACAGUGAACUGGUGGGAGAGAUCAUCCGACUGGAAGGUGAUUUGGCAACUGUUCAGGUGUAUGAAGAAACAUCUGGUGUCUCUGUAGGAGAUCCUGUACUCCGUACGGGCAAACCCCUGUCAGUGGAACUAGGGCCUGGCAUCAUGGGAGCUAUUUUUGAUGGUAUCCAGAGGCCUCUCUCGGACAUCAGCACUCUGACCAAAAGUAUCUAUAUCCCUAGAGGUGUCAACGUGUCAGCUUUGAGUCGAGAUAUCAAAUGGGAAUUCACACCUUCAAAGAAUCUGCGGGUUGGCAGCCACAUCACUGGUGGAGAUAUUUAUGGUAUUGUAAAUGAAAACUCCCUUAUCAAACACAAAAUCAUGCUACCUCCACGGAACAGGGGUACAGUUACAUACAUUGCUCCGCCAGGAAACUAUGACACUUCAGAUGUUGUCUUAGAGCUGGAGUUUGAAGGCGUGAAGGAGAAGUUCACUAUGGUCCAGGUCUGGCCUGUGCGUCAAGUCCGUCCUGUUACUGAGAAGUUGCCAGCCAAUCAUCCUUUAUUAACUGGCCAGCGGGUCCUGGAUGCCCUCUUCCCGUGUGUACAAGGGGGUACAACAGCCAUCCCUGGGGCAUUUGGUUGUGGGAAGACUGUGAUCUCUCAGUCUCUCUCAAAAUACUCCAACAGUGAUGUCAUCAUUUAUGUAGGCUGUGGAGAACGAGGAAAUGAAAUGUCUGAAGUACUGAGAGAUUUCCCUGAGCUAACAAUGGAAGUUGAUGGCAAAGUAGAAAGCAUCAUGAAGAGAACAGCUCUGGUAGCAAAUACCUCCAACAUGCCUGUGGCUGCCAGAGAAGCCUCUAUCUAUACUGGAAUCACCCUGUCUGAGUAUUUCCGGGACAUGGGCUACCAUGUCAGUAUGAUGGCAGACUCCACUUCCCGAUGGGCUGAGGCCCUCCGAGAGAUCUCCGGGCGACUGGCUGAAAUGCCAGCUGACAGUGGUUAUCCAGCCUACCUUGGUGCCCGUCUAGCCUCCUUCUAUGAGCGAGCUGGCAGAGUGAAGUGCCUGGGGAAUCCUGAAAGAGAAGGCAGCGUCAGCAUUGUUGGAGCUGUGUCUCCCCCAGGUGGUGACUUCUCUGAUCCUGUCACUUCUGCUACUCUGGGCAUUGUUCAGGUUUUCUGGGGCCUGGAUAAGAAGCUGGCACAACGCAAGCACUUCCCUUCCGUCAACUGGCUGAUCAGUUACAGCAAAUACACACGUGCCCUGGAUGAGUACUAUGACAAGCAUUUUACAGAGUUCGUCCCUCUCAGGACAAAAGCCAAAGAGAUCCUACAGGAGGAAGAGGAUCUUGCAGAGAUUGUGCAGCUUGUGGGGAAGGCUUCCUUGGCAGAAACAGAUAAAAUUACCUUGGAGGUUGCCAAGCUGAUAAAAGAUGACUUCUUGCAACAGAAUGGUUAUACGCCUUACGACAGGUUCUGCCCUUUCUACAAAACAGUGGGAAUGCUUUCCAAUAUGAUUGCAUUCUAUGACAUGGCACGCCGUGCUGUAGAAACCACAGCGCAGAGUGACAAUAAGAUCACGUGGUCCAUCAUCCGAGAGAACAUGAGCGAGAUCCUCUACAGACUUACCUCCAUGAAGUUCAAGGACCCUGUCAAAGAUGGUGAAACAAAAAUCAAGGCGGACUAUGCUCAGCUGUUUGAGGAUAUGCAGAAUGCAUUUCGCAGUCUGGAAGACUAGACUUGACCUCUGUGACCACUCCAGUUUGUCCUCUCAAUUCCUCAUCUCAGCUCCUUUGCUUCCCUACCUUAAAAGAAUGAUGCAACAGUACUUGAGUUGAUAAAUAGCCCUAUGUUUUUUCCCUGUUCAUACUCAGAGAGUGUCCUUACAAAACAUUCCUCCUAAUUUGUGUUUGGCAUUGCUUUGUGUGUCUGAAAUGGUGUGUGGUGUGUGAAUGGGCCUGGCUGAGUGAGGAAAUGCUGUUGUACACUUCUAGGGUGGGAAGAAUUUCACCUUGCCUCUCCCAGCUCUCUUGGUAACUGGUCUUUCACUUUGGGAUGUAUCCAGCUGAGCUGUACUGGCAGAGGAGGUGUAUAUCUUAAUGCAGUCAUGCGGUACGUUCUGAGCUGGCACAGGUAAGGGCAUUUACAUCUGAUGCUUUGCAAAGUGACUAUCAUGACAUAGAACUCCCUAUUCUCAAAGAGGUUUUGACCAUGUUCUGCUGAUGCAUUGAUACAACCAGAAAUUCUUCAGUACUCUGACCCCUCUGCAGCCCUCAGCUGAGUCAGUGUUUAAACAUGGUAGUUCUAGAUCUCUCCAAGAAGGGACUGACUAGAAGAUGAGCAUGUACAAGUGACCAGUGUACUUCUGUACCCUGGAGAAAUACAGUUUUAUCUUCCUAGUUAAUACAGAUAGGACUGCUGGGCUCUGCAUCAGCUAAAAUCAAAGCCAUAGGUGCUCAGCUUC